UUUCCUCUUGCGGUUGCUUGGUGUCGUUUUAUUAUUUUCCAAAUCGACCUGCAAGUUUGUGAAGCUAUCAAUAACCUGUUACAGACUAAUUCAUUUGAAAAAAAGUGUAAUCUUUGCUUGUUCUUCUAAUUCUCUAUUGAUAAAAAUGGCGAACCGACGUCCUCAAGGAGGUGGCCGGCGUAUGGACUUUGGGCGUAAUGAUCGCUCAAAGAACUUCCGCAGCGGAGUCUCCCCUUGGCAGGGUGGAGGUCCGGGCGGUGAUCUUCCGAACCUACUCCCCUUGGGCGGAGGCCCAACCGAGGCUACUCUGGCCUUGGCUAGCAACAUCAUCAAUCUCCUUCAACCGCGCCAAAACCCUGUGCCUUCCCUACUCGACAUGCCCAUACGACGUGACUUUGGCCCUAACAUGAGUCGGUAUGACCGAGGGUAUGGGCCAAAUAGGAUGGGCAAUCAAGGUAAUUUCCGGCGUACGGGAAAUUACACUCGUGCUGGUGAGCGUAUGAACAACAGUCGUAAGCCGUUCAGGCCUAAUGAUGGGCCAAGACAACAAAACAAGAGCUCCCCGAAAAAGGAAACCGAUUCUAAGGCUAAGCCUGUUAAGGACAGUGAGGACAAGGAUACCGAGAAGAGUGAAAAGUCUGAAGAUGAUAAGAGAGAGACACCCAAAACUCGCUACGAUGAUAUCAACCCACAACUGCUGAAAUGCCACAUUUGUAACAAGAGCAUGUGGGAUGGAAGGUCAUUUGAGAACCAUUUGAGCGGCCGAGCCCAUGCUAUUAUGAUGCAGAAAACAGCAGAGAGCUAUGCUUUAACUGCUGAUACAAUGAGGCAAGAGUUUAAGAUUCGUGAAAUGAAAAGAACACGUAAGACCGGUCAACAACCGCCACGUGAUUUCUACUGUGCCAUGUGUGAUAUGUACGCAGCCGAUGGGGCCAUACACCGUACAACCGUAGGCCAUCGUAAGCUCAAGAAGUAUCUACACCCGACCUGUACUUCUUGCCAUAAAGAGAUGCCUACGAGAAUUGAGCUAGAUGAGCAUAGAUUGACCGCUGAACAUUUGAAAAACAUGCAGGACAAGCAAGAAGUUGUCUCGAAGCCGAAACCUGAAGUUAUGAUAAUAUCAACCCUGAACAUGGAGCAGACGUACCUUCGUGAUGAUAGACAACGCUGGCGUCGCGGGGACAGAAACGACAAGGACAAGGAUGAGGGAGAGAAAGAUGCUGAAGUUAAGAAGGAGGAAGGUGAGGCUGAACCAAAGAAACCAGAAGAAGGAGACACAGAAGUGAAAGAGAAAGAGACAGAAGAGAAGAGAGACAACGCCGAUAAUGAUAACACGGUCCUGGACUACAAGGAAGGGGAUGAUAUUGCCAACAUAAAACCAGACCAGUUGCCGGUUUACAGCACUGAACGAGGAGUGGGUCGCUCGUUCCUCUCCCCAUUCAGCUGUGUCCAGUGUACGCUGUGUCGCAAGUUACUGGAUAGCGAGGAAACGGCAGCGGUACAUCUUCGCACCUGGCGACACCACCAACUAUUCGUGCGACUGCUACAGGAGAAGGCCGGCCACCAGACAUCUCAACCGGCCGAGAGUAGGAAGCGAACCUUGAACAAUGAUGAUACGGGCACAUGGAAGAGACGUAAGACUGUCCGCGAAGAAGAAGAUGAAGACCAGAGUGAACAGAAUGAGCAGAAUGGACACGAUGACACUGCUAAAGAGGCAGCAACUGAAGCUGAAGGCGAUACUGAACACACAUUUAACGAAGACGGAGACUUGCCAGCGGCUGAUGAACUUGAAGAUUGGGAGCAAUCAGUCGAUGAGAUACUUAACGAUGAAAAGGAAGAACCUAAAGAACCAGAACAAGAAACUAAGCCUGAAGAAGAGCCGGCUAAACCUGAGCCUGAAGAAACACCGAAGGCCUCUCCGACUCCUGUCAACCAGACAAAAGCUGCUCCGACUGGACAGGGCAGAGGACGUCCUCGUCGUAACUAGAUAAGCAACAUGUAUGUUACAUACAUAAUUGUAUGUUUGAUUCAGUUGCGAACAAAAUAAUAUAAUUGCAUUGUAAUUAAUUUAUUUGUAAAGCUCGUAAACACUGUUUUUGACUUUGUCAUCUCGGAAUGUAAUUGAAUAAAAUUCUAAAAAUAUGUAUCAGAUUACAAAGACCUGCUGAGAAUUCUUACAAUUUCUACAUUUCCAAUGAAAAACAAAAUGCUAAACAAAAAAGACAAGUUGUAUAAAAUGAUAAUAACACAAUAAUGCAACUACAUUAUUUUGUUUGUCGACUUAUGAAGUCCUUAUUUUAAAAUAUAUCUGUAGUUUGGUCACAGUAACAUUGACUUAUUAUUUGUAGCGGUUAAAUUUAUAGUCUGUAAAACUAGAAAUUACAUAAUCAAUAUAUCUUAAAUAUUAAUGAUUUAAAAAAAAUAUCUAUCCAAGAUAA